AUGGGUGUUAUUUUUGAAGCAAAUGAUAUGUUGUUUAAGGGAAGAAACGCUAGAAGGUCAGAAGGCAACGGUUCUUUCCAAGGAUGUUUUUACCUUUUUUUACAGCAAAACCCGAUUCCCCAAUUAGACGAAUGGCUGGUACGAGAGGUUUUCUUUCCAAAAGGCAUUGAUCUAGAUCAAGGUUCAGAAAAGUGUAAAAAAUAUGCGGAGCCACCAUACAAGUAUCUGUAUGUAAAAUACAAAUAUUUGCUGCUACAACAAAGCAAUCUAAGGCGGCUGAACAAUGAGGUGGUUAAUAUCGGCUUUCUGCCCAUUGACAAUUGCCAAAGCCAGGGCUUGGUGUGCCACAAAGAUGCAGAAUGCAUGGCCACCGGCGCAGGAGACUACUUCUGUGUUUGCAAAGCUGGAUAUGAUGGAGAUGGAACGGUGUGUACUGAUAUAAAUGAAUGCACGGCCUCCUUGAACAAGUGCCACAAGGAUAGUUCUUGUGUGAACACAUUCGGAAGCUACACCUGUGUCUGUAAGUCUGGCUAUACGGGUGAUGGCUUUACUUGCACGGAUAUAAAUGAAUGCUUGACGGCCAACGGAGGUUGCCACAAGGAUGCAACGUGUACUAAUACCCCUGGGGAUAGGAUUUGCACGUGUAACUCUGGAUUUACUGGAAAUGGCAUCACUUGCAUGGAUAACGAUGAAUGCACCGCCUCUAACGUCUGCCACUGGAAUGCCUCAUGCAUAAAUACGCCUGGGUCUUACUUUUGCUCAUGCAAGUCUGGAUUUAAGGGAAAUGGGUAUUAUUUAUGCUUGGAUAUAAAUGAGUGCACAGAAUCCCCAGGACUUUGCUCAUCAGCAUUUGGGUUUCAUGGGUGUAAAAACCUACCAGGCUCCUAUCAGUGCACGUGUGCCUCGGGCUACCAGUUUACUGACAACAAGUGUGUGGAUGUUGACGAAUGCGCCAACAAGGUCUGCCACAUCUUUUCCAACUGUACCAACUCCCCUGGUUCAUACAGCUGUGUCUGCAGGCAAGGAUUUAACGGCAAUGGUUUGGUCUGCGUGGACAUUAACGAGUGUGAAACUAAUAAUAAGUGCCACGCUAAAGCCAAUUGCUUUAAUGUCCCGGGGAGCUAUAACUGUGUGUGCCAAGCUGGCUUCACCGGGAAUGGAGUUGUGUGCACUGAUAUCGACGAAUGUGCCCAGGCAAAUAUCUGCCCAGCAGAGGCCACUUGUAUCAACACAGAAGGCUCAUUCCGCUGUGAGUGCCCUUCAGGCUUUACACCGGCUGACUCUAAAUGCAUUGAUAUUGAUGAAUGCAAAAAUGGAAUCUGCAGCCCGUUUGCCAAUUGCCAGAAUUCGCUGGGAAGUUUCGCUUGUUCCUGCAGGAGUGGCUUUUCUGGAAACGGAAUAUCCUGCUUAGAUAUUAAUGAGUGCCUGCAAAAUAACGGAGGCUGCCACGGAAAUGCUAUUUGUAACAAUACUCAGGGCUCCUAUAGCUGCAACUGUAAAGGUGGGUUUUUGGGGGAUGGCAUAAUACAAUGUAAAGAUAUCGAUGAGUGCAGUGAAAACAAUGGCAUUUGCCAGUAUGAUGGCUUGUGCUUAAAUACCCCUGGAUCCUUUCGGUGCCAAUGUGCCAGCGGAUUUCAGACUCUUAACAAUACCUCUUGCCAAGACAUUGAUGAGUGUAAGACUAUAAAUGGCAUUUGCCCACUCAAUGCUCUUUGCCAGAAUUCAAUGGGGUCCUAUUCAUGCCAGUGCAAACUUGGAUUCAUUGGCAUCAGCAGCUGUAGUGACAUAGACGAAUGUCAGAGUAACCCGUGCCAUGCUCGGGCCACUUGUAAAAACACAUUCGGAUCAUUUGAGUGCAGCUGCAAAGAUGGGUUUGUUGGAAAUGGUUUCAACUGCACCGACAUUGACGAAUGUAAAGACCCUUUGUCCUGCCACCCUAAGGCGAGCUGCUGGAAUUUAGAUGGCGGAUACAAAUGUGAAUGCUUUCAGGGAUUCUCAGGGAAUGGCUCCUUUUGUGAAGACAUGGAUGAGUGCACGCUUAAUAAUGAAAUAUGCAUCAAUGGCACAGUCUGUAUUAAUUCAGAGGGCUUUUAUGUUUGCUCUUGUUUAAAUGGGACCAUAGCAGUGAACGCCAGUUGCAUGAUGCCCAGUUCCGCCUGCAGACCUGCUUGCCAUUCCAAAGGCCUUUGUCAUAAAACUUCCAUGGACUACAGAUGUGUUUGUGAUCUUGGAUUCGAGGGGGAUGGAGUCACUUGUGUAGACACUGAUGAAUGUACAAGAGAUGUAUGCAAAGAUAACACAACAUUUUGCAUCAACACUCCGGGAUCCUAUCGUUGCAUCUGCAAGAAUGGCUUCACCCUCAAUGACUCUCGUUGCACAGAUGUUGACGAAUGUGCCACAGGAGUUCAGAAUUGCCACCCACUGGCUGAAUGUUUUAAUACCAUAGGCAGCUAUGAAUGCAGAUGCCAGACUGGAUUUCAUGGCAAUGGACUGAAUUGUACAGAAAACUUGCUUUAUCCAUACGGCAUAAAUGUUGGUGACAUGAAACUUCCAGCCGUAGCCAAGGAUGUGAACUCGCCGUACAUCAAGCCUCCCACAGGGUUCCCCUUUCUUGGUCAGACCUAUGAUAAUAUAUACUUUUCAGAUAAUGGACUCGUUCAUUUCCAGCCGUUGAAAGUCAAUGAGAAAUACUUUUUUCCAAACCCCUUUGAUAAAGGCUUUAAAGGAGAUGAAAUCGAAUCCAUGCUGGCGGUGUUCUGGGAUGAUGCCGACCUGACGCUGGGAAACGGGGCACUUUAUUACCAGACGUAUUCAGCCCCCAAUCAGAAGGAUUUCUACUCGCAAAUAAUAUUUAACAGAACUUCUGAUGAUGUCAAUAAAUACUUCUCCAAAAGCCUUAAUAUGGUCUUCACACCAAGAUGGAUCCUAAAAAUAACAUGGGACAGUAUCUUACCUGUAUCAUUUCAGAGAAUCUUGGAAAAUGAGACGAACACAUUCCAGUGCAUUCUAACUACGGAUGGGAAUGUCUCAUUUGCAUUGAUGAAGUAUGAGAAGAUGCUGUGGAGCCCCGGACAGCGGGUUUAUCACAGAGCUUUGAUUGGAUUUACCAAUGGAGCAGGCGUGUUCUACAAUGAUCCUCAGUCUCAGAAGGACAAUACAUAUGGAGCAGAAGGAAGAUACAGACCCCACGCGGUAAAAGGGAAUACAAAUGCAAUUGGGUUUUGGGCUUACCGUUUGGAUAAUGUAACCAGCAUAAACAGAACAAACUACCACAGGCAAUGCUGGAGCUGGUACUCUUCAGAACCAGACCAUUUAACGUGGAGUGUUGCUCUGCCGCCAUGUCCAUGCCUCAAGUCUCAGGCUGCCAAAGACAGAACUUUUAUCUCAGAGACCCUGCCUUCCUCAACUGCAGAUCUAAUCAAGAACUUACGGGGCCAGCAGUGCAAUGGGACAACGUUUCAGUCUACGCUGGCCAAUCAGUAUCUCGCUGGGCGCCGAUGUGUAUAUGAUGCCGAUGGUUAUCUGAUAAAUGGCUUCAGUGACCGCUACUUUGUCUAUGACUCCAGUGUAAAUGGAAUUAAAGAUCAUAUAGAUAAAGACUUGCUGCCGUAUCAAUGGUGCUGUAUUAGUGCUCCUUUGUGUCAUUUAUACAAUGAGAAAAGACCCUCAGACACAUGCGCUGGUUAUUCUUCUCCAGGCCUCGGGCAAAUAUAUGGGGCUAUGCAUUUAGCUACCUUUGAUGGUCUGGACUAUACAUUCAAAGGCCUUGGAGAGUAUGUCAUUGUCAGGCUGUCUUCUACAAAUGGCGUUAAUAUAUUUACUCUCCAGGGGCGCACAGAGAAGCUUCAAGUAAACUCUGCAUAUGGAAAUACAACUGCACUCAAGCGUCUCGCUGCGUUCUAUCAGGGCACACUCAAAGUUGAAUGGAGGAUAUCGAGUAAUAAUAGAUUAAGUAUUUUGGUGGAUGACAAAGAAAUUGAAUUAAACAAAGCUGAAUUAAAGAUCAAUAGCUCCAGUAAUUUUCAGCUGAUGGAGAAGCAUUCAGACCAUCCAUGCAGUUUGUCUUUUGCUUUACUGGAAACCGCCUGUCGCCAGGGAAAAACCUGCUACUGA